AUGAGCAAACAAUGCAAAAAUAGGCGACAAGUGGCGAUUGAAAAUAGAAAAAAUAGUUGCGAUAAACACGCCCCUGUUAAUAAUUCAUGCUUCCCUUUAUGUUCGUGCUUCAAAACAACCCACCACUUCAAUAGCAUACCUCAAAAUCCAAGAACAAUUUGCAACGAGGAAGUUUCAAAACAGUUAACAACGUUAAAAAAAUCCUCAUCACCGGCCUGCCCAACAAUCGACACCAUGUCCUCAAUGAAGCAACCCUCCCAGCAACCUUCGAUAAAAAAACAACUUCACUUUUCAAUUGAAACUCAAUCUGACGACGCGGAGAAAGCCAAGGAGGAAGAUGAUUUGGACUUCAAAAUGAAGCAGAGACGCCGCAGUAGUGUGGCAAAAGUGGUCAAGAACAGCACGUGUCCAAUUCAAUUCGUGUUCAAGUUUCUGCAGAACUGCAAAACGCCAGACAUGCAGGAGGCAUCGUACAUGAAUGUACUGCAGUACAACAUUGUACAACAGUGUACGUACAUGUAUGUUUACACUGAAAUUUGA